UAAGCCUUUUAGAACUAUUUAAACCUACUGGAAGACAGUUUUUGGAUUAAUAAUAUUUGGGACUUUCCCUUGAGUUCUCACCCAGUAGUAUCACGGUGAACUCAUUAUCUCCAUCUCAGUGUUCUUGUUAUCACGCCCCCGCUACGUCAGUUGGUAUCAGAGCCUUGAUACGCUCCUGGAUGAUGCCACCUCGACGACAGCCUGUUGUUGACGCUCUAACAUUAGACGAUUUACGCCAACAAAUCGCUACCCUAACUCAGGCUGUCAACGCUCUACGAGAUCAACAACCCCACUUUGAUGACGCGACCGCCGUUGGUGGACCGCACCGCCGCCCUCGCGAGCCGCCACUCGCAGAUCGCCGUGCUGCCCCGCGCAAUCGCGCCCCACCCCUUGACGCGGAUGAUCUCAUCGAUUCCGAAGAAUACACGGUUUCGAUUAACAAUCCAUUCGCGCCUCUCAACCCAUGACAGCCGCCUCCAGCCACCGACUCACGACGGGAGCAGGACAUCCCUCUUGAUAUACCAGAUCUCAAUGGUUCCCUAGAUCCAUCUGAUUUUUUGGAUUGGGUCAACUCGGUUAACGAAAUUAUGGAUUUAAAGCGGAUUCCAGACGAUCGGAAAGUGGGUUUGGUUGCAACCCGUUUCCGUGGAAGGGCUAGAGCUUGGUACCAACAAUUGAAGCCUACGAGACAACGACAAGGCAAAUCGCGCAUUGCAUCUUGGACGAAAUUGAAGAAGCAUCUCCAACGUGAAUUUCUCCCGUUCAAUUACAAGGAGGCACACCAGCGUGUCUUACUUCUUGAGAAACAGCAAGCGCGCCGUUUUGCAGCGACCCCUCCGGGCAGAUCAAUUCCACCAUCAUCUGCUUCUGGGGUAUCAUCUUCUCGCCCACAUCCACCACAGACCACUCAAUAUUUACCGCCUAAGUCGCCGGGUCCACACCCGGUUCUGCCAGCCCGCACGACUCAACCUGGGCGUUGUUUCUCUUAUGGCGAACAUGGCCAUCGAUUCACAGCUUGCCCUCGCCAGCAAGGUCGCACCCUAUACCUGGAAGACCUAUCUACAUUGCUGCCUGAUGCGCUCCUUUAUGAGACCAAUACCGAUAUUUUAUAUAUUCCUGAAGCGCACCUAAAGGGGGACAUUGGUGAAUUAUUGGUAUUGCGACGAAAUUAUUUGGCACCGAAAUCAACGGACACUUCUCAACGCCAUUCAUUAUUCACAUCCACGUGUACUAUCAUGGGGUAAUGUUUGCAAAUUUAUUAUAGAUUCCGGAGCAUGUGAAAACGUUAUUGCAGCUGAUACAAUGGAUAAAUUAUCUCUUGCCACUGAAAAUCACCCUGCCCCGUAUGAUCUCAUGUGGCUUCAACGUGGUAAAACUGUUACGAUUUCUAAACGUGUGUUGAUUAAGUUUGGAAUUGGUGAUACUUAUUUUGAUACAGUUUGGUGUGAUGUGGUACCUAUGGACGCCUGUCACCUUCUGGUGGGGCGUCCCUGGCAAUUUGACAGACAAGUCAUGCAUGAUGGUUAUAAGAAUACAUAUAGUUUUAUCUACGAGGGAACCCACAUUGUCUUAUACCCAUCUGUUCCACACCCGUCUACACCACAGGUUUUAUACCU